CUACACUACGGGGGCCACGACCACCCUGUAGCCCUCCGGGGGCAGCUAAUCCUCCUCUCUGAGAGGCGGUGGGCCGCGGAGUCCCUCCCUUGACCUCGCUGCCUCUGCGCCGGGCGUUAGCCUGACUACAGCGCCCAGGGCACACGCUUGUUCACAGCCCUGAGCGAAGUAGCUCGGCUGACCUAAGUUUAAAGUGCGGACCUGGCCUGACUCUGAACCAGUUCCAGAUUUACGUAGUGGUGCUGCCCUCGCUGCCUGGGGUCACGGAGCAGGUAUUUAGUUAUGGGCUUAUCGCGCUGGUCCUUUCAGCUCUUUCGGACCCCUUUAAGGAGAGAGUGCUGUAUACAUAGUCGGUCUACAAAGGGCUAUGCUGGCUAAUUGGUCAAGUGUUGCCAGUUCUUCUGAUUUCAUCACGAGAGUCCUGAUAGUUGGUACUAAACUCUGGUUCCUGGAUUCAUUUGCGAGUCUCUCAGCUAUUCUUUAAAACACAACCGAACAAAAAAAGAGUUUUUAGCUCUCAUGGUUGCAGAGAAAAGCCUGAAAAUGUGACCCAGAUUCCCCUCAAAGGCUCAGAAAGCAGAAGAUCAGCUCUACGGCAGCUGGCUCCCUUCCCAAACAAGUGAAAAUAGUUGAAGUUGGCCCAAGAGAUGGACUGCAGAAUGAAAAAAAUAUUGUCCCUACACAGGUGAAAAUCAGCUUAAUUAAUAUGCUGUCUGAAACAGGACUUCCGGUCAUAGAGGCUACCAGUUUUGUGUCUCCCAAAUGGGUUCCUCAGAUGGCUGACCACACAGAAGUCUUGCAGGGAAUUCAGAAAUUUCCUGGUGUCAGCUACCCAGUACUGACCCCUAAUCUUAAAGGAUUUCAAGCAGCGGUGGCAGCAGGGGCCAAGGAGGUGUCUAUCUUUGGAGCAGCUUCUGAACUCUUCACUAAGAAGAACAUUAACUGUUCCAUAGAGGAGAGUUUGCAGAGGUUCAGUGAAGUGAUGCAUGCAGCAGGAGCAGCCAGUGUUCCAGUCAGAGGGUAUGUCUCUUGUGUUCUUGGUUGUCCCUAUGAAGGAAAGAUUGCCCCUGCUAAAGUUGCAGAGGUAUCCAAGAAGAUGUACUCAAUGGGGUGCUACGAGAUUUCCCUGGGUGACACCAUCGGUGUUGGGACCCCUGGGAGCAUGAAGGAAAUGCUCUCUGCAGUCAUGAAAGAGGUACCCGUUGGGGCCCUGGCUGUUCACUGCCAUGAUACCUAUGGGCAGGCUCUCGCCAACACCUUAGUAGCACUUCAGUAUGAUGGGACCAGAGCUGCAGACAGUUUUACAGACGCCUGUUUUUUUAUUCAGAUGGGUGUGAGCGUGGUCGAUUCCUCAGUUGCUGGUCUCGGAGGCUGCCCGUACGCACAAGGAGCAUCAGGAAAUGUAGCUACAGAAGACUUGGUGUACAUGCUACAUGGCCUGGGGAUUCAUACCGGAGUGGAUCUACAGAAGCUGAUGGAGGCAGGUGUGUUUAUCUGCAAAGCACUGAACAGAAGAACCAGCUCCAAAGUGGUUCAGGCUUCCUGCAAACUGUGACACGGAUCAGUUUCUCCUCCGACAAGUCAGCAAAGAGAGCCUCAGUGCAGAUCUGGAGCCCUGCCAAGUUUACAUUUGCUGCCUGGGUUGUGCUUAAAUAUUCCCUUUUGCGCUCUGGACUUGGCGAAUGGGAGAUGAUAUAUAGUAGAAUCUACAAAGAAAUGAAAUAAAUAAGAUUGCUAUAGCAGACCUAGAUGAACAUAUUACACAUCUUUAAAGAGAGAAGGGAGCUGGCCUCUGACAAUGCUGUCAUGAAAUGGACAAACUUGUAGAAGAGUAAGGGACACAACGGUUGGUUUUACGCAGAGAACAGAAGGCAGUAGGCACCUUGGAAACUUCUUUGAGCUUUCUUAAUAGGAGUAAUGGAUUUUUUUGUUUGAGGUUAACAUGGAGCUCAGAAGAGCAUCCACUCAAGUUAAUUACCACCUCCAGGGGAUUGUCAUCAUAGGACUAACACUACAGUGCACCCAGUUAGAGCACUUUCCUUGGGUCGGACUGGUUUUAGCUUCAGAACUACAUGGAACAAUCCUCUCCUUGCAACAUAAGCAAACAGAUUGAAAACACAAGGAAGCACCUUUUAUUCUAUAAAUCGGAGUGAAUAUCAAGGAUGUAGAUCCAGUUUUGGAUCUUAGCUCUUAGUAUUCAGUAGUGGAGGAUGGUAUGGGUCAUAAGAUGCUUUUCAGAUAAUUGUCAGUUGUGUUAGGGAAAGAUGCAGAUUUUAUCAUCUGAAAUAUUAGAGUAGCAGAAAUCUGGUGUAAUUAAACCGGGGAAAGAACAACUUAGUACUAAGUCUGUGACAGGAAAUCAUAUCAAGAUAACUACUGUGUGAGCAGCAUGCUAAUGGGAGAGUGUGGAAGAAGUGCCUUAUGGUUACAGGACUGCAGAGAAAAUCUAAAUCAGAGGUUCUCAAACUUCAUUGCACUGUGACACCCUUCUGUCAACAAAAAUUACUAUAUGACCCCAGAAUGGGGGACCUGAGCCUGCCUAAGCCCUGCUGCCCCAGAUGGUAGGGUCAAAGCCUGAGCCCCACCAUGCUGGGUGGCGGGGGCCAAAGCCCACAGAGCUGCAGCUUUGGUCCCGGAUGGUGGGGUUUGGCUUUAGCCCCGGGCCCCAGUAAGUCUAAGCCAUCCCUGGUGACCUCAUUAAAAUGGGGUUGUGACCCACUUUGGGGUCCCAACCCAUGGUUUGAGAACCACUGACCUAGACCAACAGGGCAAGAAGAAAUUAAACAGAACUAGUAUAAUUUCUGUACUUUGCUUGAAUUUCUCAUAUCAGCUGGAAUUGUCAGCCAGCCAUUCAGUUUCUGUGGAACUCUUUUGUCACUGAACAAAUUAUUAAAUGCUUUUUCAUAAAAGUAUGGAUAAUUAAAAAGAGCCUGAGCCAAUUACUAAUGCACAAAACUUCUAUUGAUGGCAGGUGGGCAUCUGUUUCAUGACUAACCUCUGCUCUCUAUUACGUACUUUCCACUGGGAUGAUCUUUACGGCACCAACAUCCUUUUUGCAAAACGCUGGCAUCAUAAAUGUUUAUGUAACAUCAAUAAAUUAUAAAUAAAUAAAUUAAAAAUGGCAG